AGCCAGGCGGCUAUCAGCGCAUAACGUAGCAGUGUCUUCUCGGAGGUUCUACGUGUCUUCUCUACGCGGGAAUACCACAGGAAGAAUCAUCCGCCACGUCACCAGUCAGUGAGGAUCAAGAGACCGCGGCCGUGGACCUGGGCGCCCUACCAGGCGACGGGGUCAGUGCCCUGGUGACGUCAGUGGCUGGGUGACGCAGCUGGUGGCACACAUGGCCGUCCUGGCAGACGGGAGUCCCACGUUCGAAGCAAUCCUCAGGCACAACGCUCCGGAGACCACCUGCGGCCAGGUCAACGUCACGGACGUGGAGGGCGCGGUGCUGAGGCAGCUGCUGGGCUACGUGUACACCCUCUAGGCCCACCAACUGCCUGGUGUGGUCCCCCAACUGCUGGCAGCAGCUGACAAGUACAGCUGGUUCGCCCUGGAGGCUGUGUGUGAGCAGCAGGUGGCUGCAUAGCUGGCAGUGGAGACUGCGUCGGAUGUAGCUCUACUUGCACUGAGGCUCUCGUGCCCCAUCCUUGCUGUGGUUGCCGUCCCCUUCGUAAAGGACCACUCUGAGGUGAUGGCCAUGCAGAGCUGGUGCAGACUCUGUGCUCAAGUACCCAGAAGAUGUCACUGAAGUGAGUCGUCUGCUCGGAGAGCCACCAGCAGAUGCCUGCGCGCCAGCUACUAAAAGGAGAAGGGCGACCCCCGGCACUCACUGUCAGCCCCACAGCGAUCACAACCAGAGUCCUGCUGCAGCUGUGCUGCCCACAGCUGCCCGACACACUCCUCCACCUGAGGAUGCAGCUGCCUCAGUUCUGGAGCUUGUCUGCAGAGAAGAGAGGCAGUAGGCUGUUCCAGGCAGCUGUGCAGGGGGCAGCGAGGGAGCUGAGGAUGCUGGUCACCGCAGGGGCCGACACGGAGGCGGGGGGUGGGAGGACGUUCUGGAGGGGAACCGCCCUGCACUUCGCAGCAAGGGAGGGACACGUGGAAGGGGCGAGGUGCCUCGUGGAGGGCAGUGCUGUGGUGGUGGACAGCAGGAGCAGCUCACGGCAGACGAUACCUUAGUACAUGGCCGCAGUGAAUGGUCACCCAGCUAUGGCCCAGCUGCUGUUGUGCCCUCUGCCGACCCAAAUGCCAGGGAUGACAAUUGGUGGAUGCCGCUGCACACUGUGCACUAUGCAAUAGUCACGCAGAUGUGGUGGCUGCGCUGCCCGUGGUGGGGGCCGAUGGGGGGGGGGGGGUGGAGGCAGAACUCCAGAUUGCCGCACAACCCUGGAUCUCAGACAGGAAGUGCUACGAGAGGCAUCUGAUGGAGAUGCUGUCGUGAGGCAACCAGUCCAGCAACCUCCUCUGCAAUAAAUAUUCUUUCUUUUAACCAAAGAAAUGCACAGUAACAAUAGGCAAAAAUGUGUAGAGUAUGCUUCUAGGCUAACUUUGGAAAAGACAAUGGGGACUGAAAAAUAACUCAGUUCAUUGCGAAUAAAACAACUACUCCAAUAUCCGAUUGGUGAAAAGUAUUUCACAGCAGCCUAAAAGGUGCUGCAUCAAACUACUGUAAUUUGCAACCUACUGAGAUUACUGUGUGUGAGUUCUGUCACUAUAAAUGUCACUUCUGAUAUCAGACUCUAUUUACCUCUGUAUAUUCACCAAACAUUGUACAGUACUGUACCUCCUUUGUUUAAUUACAUUGUCACAUUAGUAUCAAUAUUCACACCUCAUAAUGCACUUAUCAUUGGGAACUAUACAAUCGGCCCACAUUUAACUAAAGAGAAUGGACCUUUACUAUGAUGUUACCAGAUAAAACAGUAAAUUUCCCCACUUGCUUCCAUAUUCUCCUCCCGUCGGUCUGCAGUGCAGUUCCUUCAGCCAGGAGCCGCAUCAGCUGAGCGCCUGUAGGGGCCGCCGUGCAACCCACCACACCACUGCUGGCACCACCCACACUGCCCCCGGUGACUGUCUGCAGAACUGUGGCUCUCACCCACUCUGCGACACACCACAAUGUCACGCCUUCCCACUAUAUUGUGCUGGUAAUAUUCUGUGACAUGACUAUCCACAUAGAAAGAACUUUGCAAUUUGCAAAAAUGAGUUAGAAAACAGUAUAAUAAGCAGUUACAAUGCUUAAACGCUGAAUUGCGGCUGAGAACCAAACAGCAACUACAGUGUAUCCUCAAAGCUCUCAUACGGUGGCAGUCUAAUAUAAACAUGGCAGAAGCUUGGGGAAUUUAUCUUCCUGUGGGUUGGCUUCCCACACCUUCCAAGCCAGAAAAUUUUUGCUGCUGGACUACUCUCAUGGGCGGAAUCGAUGUUUUGGAAGCUCCCCCUGUUGCCUGCUGCCACUGCCAUCACCAUCUGCUGCAGCCGCCCAACGCCACCCGAUGCUGCUGCUGCCCGUCACUGCCAACUGCUGGUGCCCAUCGCCAUCUGCUGCUGUCCAACGCUGCCUGUUGUUGGUGCCGUCGCCACGUACUCCUGGUGCCAUCACUGCCUACUCCUGGUGCCAUCGCCGUCAACCGAUGGGGCCCGUCACCAGCUAAUGCUGUUGCCCAUUGCUGCCGCCACCACUGCUGUCGUCCGUCACCGUUGCUGUCCUUUCCAGUCUUCCCAUCUCUGAGUCCUGAUAGCCCUGUCUUCCUUGUCUACAAGAGGUAUUGGUGGUAUUGAAUGGCCACAUGCCCUAGAAAUCCGCUCAGCCUGAGGCAUCUACGACGACUCUGGCCCUACCUUCCUAAUGCACAUGUUUACAGAGUCUGCCUCCUCUACUGAUCAUCUCACUCAGGGAGAUCUCAUUUUUCACUGUCGCCUCCUCAGUCCUACUGCUGCCAGCGGUGCCCCCUGUACAAUGAUCACCUCAUCCAAAAUUGCAGAAACCCCCAACCUACCUCCAUUGUGCAGCCCCCCACUUUCUAAAACAGUGUCCUAACCUUGCGUCUCCUCUUUACUGCAAGACCUGCAAUAAAUCCCUUCCAAUUUACUUCUACAAAUGCAACACCAAACCCCCUCUCAACAGCCCCGAGCUUACUGUCACCGUUCACCCCACCGAUCAGCCCAUCCACCCUAAUUCCCUUUACCCACCCCCUAUGGCCAUAGAGAUCAUCCAUUAACUCAUCAUUGUUCUCCAGAACAUACACCCCUUCCAAUGCCCCCACACCCUCUAGCAGAUCUCCCUUGCUGCCUCCUCCAUUUGAACACCUACGCCAUCUAAUCCUACAACCAGGCCCACUUUACCUGCCUCUUCACUCUCCUUUAAGCCUGUUUCCUCUCUCCUCUCCUGCUCCUUGGUGUGUCAUCCGACCCCAUUUUUCCAUCCCACCAUCUCCAGCCCCCCAUCCCCCCACUGCCACCUCUGUUCCCUUCUCUUACCUUCUUUCAGGCCUCCCCUCCCUCAGCAGGUCUCUCCUAGUUUCUUUCUCAUGAUUUUAAUCCUUGUCAUGUGUGCCAUACCUAGUGCAGUGUUUUUGAAGUGCUGUUGUUUUGGUGUGGAUUUUAAUGCUGUGGCCUACUUUCAUCUUGGGCUUGUGACUCCAGUGUGUUUUAAGUGCUACAUACAUCAUCGAGUGUGUUUCUGUUUGCAAGUGGGCCUUUUUUAACUGUAUCCCACAGUGAACGCCUCCAUGUCAGCGUAUUUUUAGCCCCAUUAUGUUCUUAUAUUCCCCUUUUACUGCCUUAUUUGUUUUGUGUCAUUUUUAAUUCAUGUAAUAUCUCUGAGCUGAAGAGCAGCAGAUUGUGCUGCUGACAGCCCUCCCCUGCCCGAAUGGAGCAUGGGAAUGAAAUAAAAAUAAAGAAAAAAGAAAAAAAUUGGUGAAUUUAGUUGUAAAAUUUACAGAUGGUUUAUUGUAGACCACUUGGUUCAUCAUGACACAAAAAGUCCAUUUAAAGCAUUCACCAGACAUAGUAACAUUUUGAAACAUACAAAAUGUGAAGACAAUCCUGUCCUUAUAUGAUUGUUGUUUGUACUACACGUAAAAAAUUUCAGCAACUGAAGUAAUUGUAGUUUCAUUAGAGACACAAAACUGAGGAUCAAAUUGC